AUGCCUCUGAUGGUCCUCUGUCUUCAUGGUCCUCUGUCUUCAUGGGGCGUGACGGAGGCGCUGCAGGGCUGGUCCGUCUCCCUCUUCGCUGAUGAAAGCUGGACCGAUCUGGCGGGUUCAGACUUCGUGAUGGAUCUUUUGGCUGGAGCCGAGGCCGAGGUGCCACUCCCCCCUGGGACCCCCUCCUCAGUCCACUCGGAUUACCUCUUUACCCACGGAGACAGGAUGGUGUCCACAGAUCUGGACGGCUUUAUUCCCCCAGCCCCUCUCAUGCGAGCCCCUGAGCUGCCCGAGUCCAACCCCUGGAGGAGAGAGUACCCCCAGGAGGGCCGCGGACGCCAGAUCGAUGCUUAUGUGGAUGACCUGUUUGAGCCGGUGCUGGAUAAUGGACCUCCGGACGCAGAGCGAGUGGCUUUGCUGAACCGCCGGAUGCGAGGAGGCGGUGGAAUGGGACCAAUGCGCAGUGGACUUUACGGAGCAGGUGUCCCGAUGUCGAUGCCUACAUAUCCCAUGGGAGCACAAAUGGCUCCUUCGCUUCCCUUUGGCUCCAACCCGAUGAUGCCAGCCAUGCCAGCCAUGAUGCCACAGAGCCCCGUGAUGAACCCCAUGAUGAACCCCAUGAUGAACCCCAUGAUGGGCCCCUCUAUGGCGGACCCCCUGCAGAUGGCAGCCUCUCAACAGGCUUUUAUCAACCAACAAGCAGUUCUCAUGGCCCAACAGAUGACCAUGCAGGCCAUGUCCAUGUCCCAGCAACAGCAGAAGGAGCAGCAGCAGGAGCAGCAGAGGAAGCAGCAGCGUGUGAGAAGCCUGAGAGAGGAGAGAGAGGAGCAGGAGGAGAGAGAAGAGGAGGAGAGGAGGAGGAGGAGGCGCUCUCAGCGAAGGACUAGAGAACGCUCCAGAUCACCAUCUCCAGAGUCUCCUCCACCUCCUCCUAAACCUAAAGCCACGGCGCUCAAACGCAACACCAGUGUAAAGAGACGUGAGCCACAGCCAGAGAGAGAAGUGGACUUACCGGACCCUGAGGACCUGCAGUCUAUUCGUGAGAAGUUAGAUUUCUUUGAGACAAUUGGAGAGGGCAGCUCUGUGAAGCAGCGGCCGGUGUCUCCAGUGAGAAAACCCCGUUCUCCACGUCGGGCCAGUCCACGUCGGGCCAGUCCACGUCGGGCCAGUCCACGUCAGGCCAGUCCACGUCGGGCCAGUCCACCUCGGGCCAGUCCACGUCGGGCCAGUCCACCUCGGCCCAGUCCACGUCGGGCCAGUCCACCUCGGCCCAGUCCACCUCCUCCCCCUGUCAAACCCAGACCUAAAGAGAACACACCAAGACCCACAAAACCUGCUGCUGCCAAAGAAGAGCCCAGGCCCCGGCCCGAACCUGAGGCGGUCCCACGGCCAGAACCCACCUCCAACAUCAGAGAAAUCAUCAAACAGUUCAACAGCCGUCCUCCCUCUGAGCAAGUGCCCAUCGAGCCGGCGAGACCGAGUAAACAGUUUGUGAAGAAGACCAACCCCAAACAGGAAGCUCUGGACAAGUUAAAACAUGUGUCUCCAGCUCAGCAGCAGAAGAAGCAAUGGGCCCCUCCGCCUCCUCCCGUCAGGACUCAACAGACCUCCCCCAUGUCCACCAGGGGGCGCAGGGCUAUCUCUAACAACAUGAAGCAGAAACAGCGCCCUCUGGAAGAACUUUUCAACUCUCAGCGGUCAAAGCAGCCUCCUCCUCCUCCUGCUGCUCCUCCUCCUCCUCCUGCUGCUGCUCCUCCUCCUCCUGCUGCUCCUGCUCCUGUCUUCGAAGCUCCGCCUCCUCCUCCACCUGAGCCUGCACCUGUUCUCCAGAGCAUCCCUGAUCCCCCGGGUUCAGCCGCACCUGCUCUUGAUGAAGAAGAUGAAGGCAUUUCCUCUCGCUUGCACCGGUUCCUCCCUCAGAACUAUCUCUCCUUCUCCAAUCCUCCGGGAAAACUCUUCCUACGUAAAGAGGUUUUUUAUCCCAAAGAGAUGUUUAACCGGGCCUACAUCCUCAACCUUCUGUGUGAACAGAUCAUGAGGGACACUUACUCAGACGGCUGCCUGCGGAUCAGUCGGGAAGAGAGACGGAAGAUGAAAGAUCUACUUGCAAACUUCAAUGUCGGCACAACCAUAAGCACCGUCCAGGAUGACUUCAUGAAGAAGAGAAUCGUUAUUGCAGCUCGGGACAACUGGGAGAACUAUUUCAGCAGACUGUUCCCCGUCAGGGUGGACAGUCAAGAGGCUCAGAUUCUGGGAGUGACACAUCGUGGGAUCCGUCUCCUUAAGGUGGUCCGGGCUUCAGGCAUCAACCCCAAACACCUCCGACUCCUUCGUAGCUACAGUUUUGCAGAGAUGAUGUCCGUCGACCUUCGAGGGACAGAUAAAGUGGAGGUGGAGCUGAAAAGUGAGAGUAUGGUGCUGCAGUCCUCCAGAGCUCCACAGAUCUCUGCCAUGAUCCAGAUGUUUCUGCAGGAACUCAUUCAGGGCUCUGGUCACGUGGUGGCGCUGAAGAGUCAUAUGACAGACGACAAAAGCCUGCUCAGUUUCAGUCGGGGAGACGUCAUCAGACUGCAGGCCGUAGAGGGACUGCAGACAGGCUGGAUGUUCGGUUCCACCGGGGGGCGCUCUGGUCUCUUCCCAGUGGAACUCACACAGCCUUCUGCUGCUCCGGACUAUCACAGUCUCCACCUGGACCGAAGAGAUGAGAGGAGGAAGAGUAUGAGGAGCCUGAGGCCUCCUCCAAGGUCUGCUCCUCCAAGGUCUGCUCCUCCACAGGGGCCUCCUCCACAGGGGCUUCCUCCACAGGGGCCUCCGGACAGCAGAGAGCCCUCUGUCCACGGCUCAGUCCAGGGGUGGGAUCAGAACUCUCCUAUGGCUGAGUUUGCCAUGAAAUAUUUCCGUGCUGGAGUGGAAGAAGGGAGCACUUCGGAGGUCCUCGUCUAUACUGAUGCGCCGCUGCAGGACUCUCUCAUUCUUUACAAUGACGUGGAGAUAAACCAACAGUCUCUGGAUUGUUUCAACACGCUGCUGCAGUUCAUGGGAGACGCGGCGCUGCCAAAGAACACCAGUCAAAACGACUGCCUGCACUUCAUCUUACUGCUGGGGAAAGAGAACGAGCUUCUGAGAGACGAGAUCUUCUGUCAGAUUGUGAAACAGAUUACAGACAACCCAAACAUGGACAGCUGUACUCUGGGCUGGACGCUGCUGAACCUCUGCACUGGUUUCUUCUCUUGCUCCGGAACGCUACAGCCGUAUCUCUGUCAGCACCUGGAGCUACAGGCGCAAGAGACACACAACCCUUACGCAGAGUCGGCCUCUGUGUGUCUGGAAAACCUGCAGCGCUCGUUCUCUUUUGGAGGCCGUCGUACUCUUCCUUCUGAAAUAGAAAUGGAUGCUCUGGUGGCUGGAAGAAGCUCUCGGAGAAUCGGCAUCGUGCUGCCGGGAGGAGUGGACUUCCCGGUGAAGAUCCGCAGCUUCAGUAUGACAGUGGACGUAGUGAGCGACCUCUGCAGUGAGAUGGACGUCACGGAUCCGGCUGAAGUCAAUGAGUUUUCUCUUGUUGCCAAACGAGGAAAAGACGGCGUGGCGAGACCGCUUCACCCUGAAGAGUACAUCUUUGACUUCCUGGGUGAGGACCUGUCCAUGGUCCUGUGUCUGCGCAGACUGAUCUGGAGAAGUCCUCUGUCCUUCAACAACGAUCUUUACAUCGACUUCCACUAUCAGCAGAUGUUGGAGCAGUACUUGAGCCAGGACCUGCCUCUGGCCCCUGAGGGCCCCCAGCAGACGGCAGAACUGGCCGCUCUGCAGAGACUGUCUGAAGGGUUUCAGACUGUUCCAACUCUAGAGGAGCUCAGACACUAUGUCCCUCCUCAGGGGGCCUCCCUGGAGGACCUCCUCUCUCUCUGUGUGGGGCAAAUGUCACUCCUGCAGGGCCUCAGUCCUCAGGAAGCAAAAAUGCAGUUCAUUGACUUCAUGGUUUCUCGUCCUCUGUUUGGAUCGAGCCUGUUCUGGGCUGAUAAAGUGAGCCAACGUGGCGUCCCGUCUCCCUGCAUCAUCAGCAUCAGUCACGACGGCCUGAUCUUCGUAAACCCCAAGACCCAGGGGACCGUGUUCCAAAUCCCUCUGGAGGAGAUCCAGGCCAUGCGCACGGUCCGCCCAAAGAAGCACAGCAAACCUCCUGGAGUGGAAGUCGAUUAUGGAAACCCCGGCAGGCCCAAGAAAGUGUCUCUGCAAACCAAGCAGGCUAAGGAGCUGUGCCACAUCUUAGCGCUGCUGAUCAAGGAGCUGCUCAUUUGGCGCUCGACUGAAGCUCGCAGGGUUAAUGAGGAUCAUAACGAGAGGAGGCCGUUAGUCGACUCGGGGAGGUCCCACCACGAGACAGUCUGGACUCUGCCCCUCUGUGUGUCCUGGGACCAGCCUGGACCAGUCCCUGUAGCCCCGUCCCCUCAGGCCCCCAGUGGAGCAGCGCUGACGGGGCCACACCUGAGGGGCACGCCGGAUAAGAAGCAGGGGGAGGAUGCGGCGGCUCUGGGCCUGUCCACGGGGCAGGCUCUGGGGAAACUGCGGGAUCAGCUCACGGCUCUGUUAGAGCAGCACCAGGGCGCCAAACGACGACUCUCAUCUGCUCUGGAACGAUGGACGGACAGCUUCCUGUUUCAUGGCGACCGUCACUCCUGCCUGCAUUGGCCCGGCGUGGCCCUCACUCUGCUGGUGGUGUUGGGGUUCCUCUGUUGCUAUGGCAGCCAACCCAAGGGCAGUUCUGGCGUAGAGCUGUCCAACGCCGCUGCUCUCCUGCUCCUCCUGCUGGUCAACCUGCUGCUGGUCAGGCGACAGCAGAGGCUCCAGAGAACAGAGAUGGUCCGGCGCCUCAGAGCCAUCAUCGGCCAGCUCAACGAUCACCUCGGCGCCUGUGUGGGGGAGGUCUGCUGGGCCACGUCCAUGUACCCAGACCUGUACACGCCCUGCUCCCCGUCCUGGUCCCUCCACUGGACCUACCGGGACUCCCAGCUCGUCAACUGUCCCGUCAGCCUGCUGGUGGAAGGAGACAUCAUCGCCCUCAGACCAGGACAGGAGGCUUUUGCUUCUCUCAAAGGGAUCAAGGAUGACGAGCACAUAGUCUUGGAGCCCGGAGACCUCUACCCCCCGUUCUCCCCGCCUCCCUCCCCUCAGGCCACAGACAAGAGAGGGCCGCAGAGUCCCCAGCAUCACCGGCUCUUCAGGGUGGUCCGGACGCCUGUGCUGGACACUGUCGGAAGCGGUCUGGAGUUGGCGCUCUCUCGUCCCGUGACUGUUCUGGACAACGAGCGCUUCACGGUGCAGUCCGUCAUCACGAAGCUGGUGUGUCCCGUCGUUUUGACGGCCUUUCUGAUUGUCAACACGAUCCGAUAUUUUUGCGAUGCUCCCAGUCUGACGCCGCCAUGCUACAACUUCAUUCAGCUCCAGCUGAUGGGGGUCCUGCCCAUUCUGCCGCUGCUCUUCCCCGUCAUGUGGGUUUUGGUAAAUGCGUUCGGAGAGGCUCAAGUCCUGGCCGAGUUCAGCAAAGCAUCUCCAGCUGGUCUGCUUGCUAAGUUUUCUGAGGAUACACUAAGCAGCUACACCGAAGUGGUUUCCUCUCAGGAGAUGCUGCGCUGUGUGUGGAGACAUCUGGUCGGAGUUUUAAAGGGAGAUUCUCAAACACUGUGUUACACCUCGAGCCUUCUGCACACUCUUGGCUCUGUCACCGUGCUUUGCUGUGUGGAUAAGCAGGGCAUCCUGUCGUGGCCUAACCCCAGUCCUGAGACGGUCCUGUUUUUCAGUGGGAGGGUGGAGCCCCCACUCAACAGUCAGGACGACCUGGAUGACGACCUGUCCGUCAACUCCUUCUGCAGGAUGGACACAGAAGAAGACCAGGAUGAGGCCCAGGAGGGAGAGGCUCUGCUGUGUGAGCCUGCGUCCCAAGUGGAGGCUGUGGACCCCAGUGACAUGCCGCAGGACGCUGCUCCGUCUCUGGAAAACCUCAGGCCUCGGAAAAACGCACAGCCUGCGCACACUCGGACCAAACACCAUUCUGGGUCUAAUGUGAGCUUCAGCCACGACACAGAGGGAGGGGAAGACGAGCCAGGACAGGAGUCGGCUGUAGGCUGCCCCGAGGAUGAAGCUGAUGACUUUGUGUGUGACUACCACCUGGAGAUGUUGAGCCUGUCCCAGGACCAGCAGAACCCUGCGAGUAUCCAGUUUGACGACCUGUCCUGGCAGUGUCACCUGCCCUCCCUCAAGCCUCUGGGUCUAAACAUUAUGUUAAACCUGUGCAAUACCAACGUGACGCAGCAGCUCUGCAGAUUCUCUGACCACUUGUCCAACCUGGCUCUUCAGGAGAGCCAUGGCACAGUCCAGCCGGUCAGCGUGCCCUGGGGCCUCUGUGAGCUCUCUCGACUCAUCGGUUUCACACCAGGAGCGCGGGAGCUCUUCCAACAGGAGAACCAUCUGGCUCUGUACCAGAUGCCUUCAGGAGAGAAGACCAAGGAGCUCGCUUCUCGUCGACUGCAUUACUUUAUCAAACGGCAGCCUCCGCUCUCUCACAUCAUCUCCCUGUUUGUGAGGGACUCCUCCUCCAAUCAUGUCCAGAUGCUCUCCCAUGGAUCAGCUGACCUCAUCCUUGAGGCCUGCACAGACUUCUGGGACGGGACAGACAUCUACCCCCUGUCAGGCUCAGACAGAAAGAAAGUUCUGGACUUCUACCAGCGUGCCUGCCUCUCCGGUUACUGCUCAGCCUUUGCCUAUAAGCCCAUGCAGGUCUCUCUGUCCAAUCAGCUCAAUGGAAAAUGUGUGGAGCUGGCCCCGGGGCCGUGUGUGUUCUCCGGCCUGGAGCUGCCCUCCACCUUCCCCCUCAAACACGGCUCCUGCAGAAACAGCUGGAGCUCGGACGGUGCGUAA